CCUCCGACCCUUAAAUUGUUGUUAAUUAAACAAAAACGUUGACCAUCUAUUAAACAGUAUUCGCCCGCGUGUGUCUGUGUGCUCUGUGUCGUGUUACGGCCGCGUGUUACCAGUUCGAUCCGGUUACGUCCAGACGGAUCCACUUCGAGCCAGCCUGAGCCGACCGGAGCAUGGGUGGAAAUGUCAUGGUGUGAAAUGGCGCGGGUGUCGCUCGCCGCUCUGUUCGCCGCGCUGCUCGCGGUGGCAAACUCGCGCGCGCCGACGCAAGACCCCGUGCUGUUUGAGGCGGCUUUUCAAGGGCGGUGCGGGGAAGGCAGCCCCUGCGAGCAGCUGUGUCGCGAGCUGCACGACGGGACAUACGAGUGCGGAUGCGGCCCGGGCUACGUGCUUCAUGUAGACGGCUACGGCUGUUUAGAAAUCAAUGCAACAAAGGCGACGGAAGCCGCCGACAUCAAAGAAGAUGUCCUCUAUCAGAAAGACGUCUCAUUUUCUGCGGAGCUAGAGCUGGCGCCGUCCAAUAGAAUAAGUAAUAUUAACGAUAGACAUAUCGAAAGACUAACAACACACACACCAAUACAUAAAGAAGACAGAAGACAAAAUUACUCCUACACCGGCGAAAAAAGCAAAGAGCUAGAUGGAUUCAAAAGUUUAAUAGAAGACGGCGUCAGUAACGCCGACUUGAAUAUUAUAUCGGAGAAGUCUAGUGAUUUCGAUAAAGUAAAAGUGACUACAUUAGGACCGAGCAUGGAACAGAAAGUGCCAGGUGGUACGUCAUCUCCAGCAAGAACAACAGCAGUGGAGAGUUGUUCCUGUGAUCCCUGUACAGAUUCGAGAUGUACCUGUGUGUAUAGGAAAUGUAGGAGUGAUCAAAAAAUAUCCACGCCGCGUUUCUCCGGCACGUCCUGGCUAGCGUUACACGCGCUACGCGGCGCGUACAAACGCGUGCGUCUACGAAUUCGAGUUCGACCAGAACGGGCACGAGGCGUGUUGUUGUUGACUGGUGAACAUGAUGAUCUGUCUGGGGAUUAUCUAGCGUUGGUGUUGAGGAACGGGCAUGUGGAGUUGAGGUUCGACUGUGGAAGCGGGGCGGGAGUACUCCGUUCGCCGGAACCUGUGCGUUUAGGUCGUUGGAACACCAUAGCGGUGUAUCGUCACCGCUGGGACGCAUGGCUGCGGUUGAACGCAGGCAAGCGGGUCAGAGGACGCUCUAAGGGCCUCUUCUCGCGUAUGACAUUCCGCGAACCAGUCUGGGUGGGUGGGGCCGGUAAUACCACGGGGCUACAGAACAAACUCGGUUUAACUGAAGGUUUACUAGGCUGUGUGGACUUUUUGAGGAUUAAUGGGGAUACGUACAGACUUGUGAAGGAUGCGGUUUCGAUGUUGGAUAUCAAUGAAUGUGCACCCACGCUCGCUCCAUGGCGACCACCAAACGAAGUGACGAGCGAAAUAAUACCGCACAGACACAACGAAAUAGACCAUGCGAUAUACGACAUUAACGAUAUCGUACACUUCGAGGAUAACGACCUUGUCAUGCGAGACUCGAAGGACCAAAACAAAAUAGACAAUUCCAUACUAAAUUAUAAAGAUAUGAAAAAAAUAAAGUUCGAUAAUGAUAAACGGGAUGUUCGAGUGUUCAAUCAAAAUGAUGGAGGAACAAAAAGUGAUGAAACAAGGGUGAUGAAAGAGGAUUACUGUGAGUGCCAACAUGGCGGUGGAUGUGUUGGUAGCGUGUGCUUGUGCCCGCUCGGAUACGCGGGGGAUAAGUGCGAAAUUACGCUGGAUUUGAAGGUUCCUAGAUUCAACGGUUCUUCGUAUUUGCGGCUGCCGGGCUUGGGCAAUUCGGCGCAAAGCUGGCUUGAUAUACAGGUAACAGUAAAACCUUCAAACGGUGAUGGACUACUGCUAUACAACUCUCAAGAUCCGAGUGGUGAUGGUGAUUUCUUUUCCCUACAUUUGAGAGACUAUUUCGUUGAAUUUGCCUUCGAUUUGGGCUCUGGUAUCGCUCUUGUGAGAUCAGCCUACCCGCUCCAACAAAACCGCUGGCAUCACAUAACAAUAAACCGUUCCGGGCGACGCGCCACUUUACACGUCCGACACGACGACACGACACGAUCCCCGCACGACAUACGGUCGGUGACGUCACGUGGGGUCGCGAGGUACUUGCAACUGAAGCAGCAUUUGUUGCUGGGAGGCGCUCCUCAACCGUUACCGAUGAGAUUAGCGUUAAAGAAUAGCUUCAGUGGAUGUGUGGAACAGCUAAUAAUAAACGACGAAGAGUUGUCCGUCGUGUCGUCAGCGUUGGGUGGUGUUAAUGUGGACAACUGUGACGACGCUAGGAAUAAUUCUUGCACCAACAACAUGUGCAAAGAAAAGCCUGAACCAAUACCAAUAUACGCAAAAAACUUAACGACAAACGAUAUUCACCACGCGAUUGUACCAAAAAAGGGGUUCCGAUUAAAAUACCACAAGACAAAAUCGAAAAAACACAUCCAAAGCAAGAAAUACAAGAAGAACUUGAAGAAAUACCAAUAUUUAGAGGAUAAAAGGUCGAAUGAUAUUAUAACAGAGAGACCGUAUGAUGGACAAACAUACAUGCAAGUGAAAUAUUUGAAUAGUAACGAAAUUAACUGGGGUGAUACGAACACAUAUCCCAGUUUUUCCGGAACGGAUAGCUUCAUACAUAUCGAUGAUGAAGAGACUAUGAAGAGACUGCUCAGCUACUCGCUAGACAUAAACAUCCGGUUCCGCUCGGUGACGUCACACGGCCUGCUCGUGUGGAGCGGCCGGGCGCCCGUGGACAACACGGGGGACUUCCUGUCACUGGCUGUGGAAGACUCUGUGCUUGUUUUUAGAUACGACUUGGGAAGUGGUGAAGUCGUUAUAAUAGCGAAUCAUACGAAAGUGGAUGAUGGACUGUGGCAUAGAGCGCGGGCUACUAGAAACAGACAAGCGGGAGUGUUAGAAGUGGAUGGGUUGGGUUCGGUCGGCAAAAUAUCACCGGGCAAGUUGAAGCAGUUGAACACUGAGAACGGUUUAUAUAUAGGUGGUCUACCGUCCAUAGAGAUCAAUACGAACAACCGCUACAAAUCCGGUCUGAUCGGUUGCGUCUCACAAAUAUCACUGAGCGGCGAUUUCGAUAUACCAUUAACACUUUCAAAACUACCCCACACUAUAACGAAUAAUGUCGGACGAUGCACACCGUGAAAAUAAUAUUAAUAACCAAAAAAAUAUAUUAUUGAUUUUUUUUUGGA